GAAAACAUAAAUGGCUGAUUUCGUGGGCGUGAAGCUAAAUGAUAACAUUUCCACGUCGGAAUGCCUCCUAACAAAAUCUUGUCUUCGCAGACUUGCUCUAUGGACACUUUGUGAAUGUGAAAUAUGUUGCAACAUGAAAUCGAAGGCAUACGUUAUGCAGGAAUCAUUCGCGAAUGGUCGUGUUUUCCACGAAAAUGACAUCAGCUGUUGAGUUCGCGAGCCGUAUGGAACUAAAAAGCAGAAGACAUGAGUAGAAAACUUUUUGAAAAGCCUUUAGCUAUGAUGCAAAACAUCAGAUUCCGGUCUGGGUCCCUUGACAGUCAGAUGGUGACAUCAACACCAGAUAAGACAGACUCCUCUCUAGCGAUAGUGUCCGACUCUGAUGAAGGCAAGGAAAAUGACAGCACAAAGGCUGUCGACAUUGGCAACCCACAGAAAGAUUCCAAUAAGACUGUGUGGUAUAUCACCACCGACCCGGUGGCCAUACCAACUCCUGAUCUGGUUAGCCAGCCGGUCACUGAUGGAGCCCUCUCAUCGAUUUCAGCAAGUCUUGCAGACAAACCAGCAUCACCGGAGAAAAAGCCCACUCGUGUAAAGCCCAAAGGCACCAUUCCAUAUGAGGUGGCGGGGCGAGACAGCUUGGAGAGCAUUGCUGCACAUCAUGACACCACACCCUCAGAGUUGAAGAAACUCAACAGGCUGGUGUCUCGGAUGAUCUUUCCUGGACAGGUGUUGUACAUCCCAGAUCCAGACUAUGUGUCCAGCAGUGACCAGGAGGCGUCGUCUCCAGAGCCAUCCAUCUCUCCACCCUCACACAGCCCACCCCCAGAAUCCAGGGUCAGAAUUGAUGUGCCCCUGGUCUGUAUGGCUGACAAACCACCAGCACGAGUCCCAGGUCAUGUGGAGCGGCAGAUCUCGUUGCCGAAGGAAAAAGAGCCUGUACCACAAAAGCUGUCUGAGGAGGAGGCAAAGCAGCUGGACCAGGAAUGCUAUGAGAGAUUUAUCAAAAUUAAUGUCAAACACAUCACUGAUGGACAGGGAGUAGUGAGUGGAACAUUGAUUGUGACCCCCAACGCUGUGAUGUUCGACCCCAACGUGUCCGACCCCCUGGUGAUCGAGCAUGGCACGGAGCUAUAUGGGAUGAUCACUCCCAUGGACAUGGUGAUCAGCGCUGCCAUGUACCACGACAUAGCUGCCAUGAGGCUCCGUGGCAAGAAAGGUGAGGACAGAGCAACAUCGCCACGACCUGAAGUGUACCACGACAAGGGUUGUCCCCUCUACCAGGCUUUUGCCUCACUGCACGAUAAGUCCAAAGACCAUGUAGACACAAGCACAGAGGCAGUGCUGAGUGAUUUAAGUCAUCCAAGUCGAUCCUCCACAUUGGAGAGCUUGAAAUCAGAAACUAACAGUAUCUGUUCGUGUGGUGUAAUAUCUCGAAAUCAGAGUGUUAAUAUUGAAUCGCCAGAUUUGAAUGGAAACGAAAAACUUCCUGGUGAGGGUGAAGCAGCACCAGCAUCUAUAGAUACUGGGAGGAGUGGAUUAGAACAAGCACCUGCAUCUAUAGAUACUGGGAGGAGUGGAUUAGAACAAGCAUCUGCAGAAGCAGGGACUCAUCUGGAAAGAGGUACUGAGGAUACAGGUAAAGAGACUGAACAGGAAUUAGGAAGUAGCCUAACAGGUACUGACGAUACAAUGGGAGCAGUUAAAAGUAAAAUUUCUGAUGCUUUGGAUGAAAUAGAGAGAAAGUGUGGGAAGGAUUUGGAAAGAAAUGUGGGUGAAAAGUGUGAUGAAAACUUCAAUGAUGAAGGUGCAGCUGGUGCUGUGACUGGGCUGACAGCUCCUGAGAAUAUUUCUGAGAUUUCCAGUGUGGAAACAGAUGUGACAGAAGAUGAAGGCUUUAGUGAUGAUGCAAAUGUGACUGAUGACAAAGGGUCGAGAAAAAUUACAUUUGUGGAUCGAAACGCUUCUGUCCUAACGACUGAUGCUUCCGACCUUGCCCAAACUUCUCUCUCUCAGGACGAACCCCAACUGUCUUUAACACUCUCUGGUGAGGAACCCAAAUCUGUGAUAUUGAACAAUGCAGCUACUGGAGAAUCAACGACUGAUUCUGAGUUUGAGAGAGUGGACCAAGAAAACCAAAAUCCAAAUGAAUCAAGAAAUGAAAGCGUUUUUGUUGACAGUUGUGAUGAAACUGCAAAUGUCAAAGAAGCCAAUUUGGAAUCAGAUGACCGACAACAAGCAGACACGUCUGCUUCCUCAGCCGCUUUGGAAUCUCAAGUGCAGGAUCAGACAGAUGGAGGGUUCAGGCCUUUUCAGACAUCUGCCAAACAUCUGAGUAAUUUUGUCAACUACGCAACUGGAUUGUUCCGAAAGGAUUCUGAUGAUCGCUUCAACCUGGAAGACAUCAAUGAAGUUGUAGUGACGACGGCCAGCAAAACACCAGUUAUGUCCAUCACAACUAUGGCCCAUUCUGAUCUGAUGAACCUAGAAGUGGAAAGUGCCAUCAAACUGGAAGACAAACCAGAACUGUUUCAAACGUUUGACAGUCUAGAGCUGAUUGCCCGGCCUGCCACUCGGUCUGAGGACCCCCCACUUUACCUCUGCCUCAGGGUGGGGCACCCCAAGAACAAGGAGGUAUCCCAGACCUGUCCCAUCGAGUCCUACAGGGCCACCAAGAAGAAGCCUGAAUACUGGUUCUCCAUCCCCAGAGAAAAGGUUGACCAACUGUAUGCUUUCUUCGUGCAAUGGACACCCGAAAUCUAUGGUGAUGAAGACGACAUUGAUCCAGAGACUCGUGGUUUUGUUGUCAUCAGUGAUGACGAUCAGCUGGAGAAAGAAGAACAGUUGGAGAUCGUAGAUGAACACUUUGCCAGUAUUCAGAAGAUCCACAAAGACUGGGAGAUCAUCAGCAAGGAGGAAGCCAUUCGACGCAUGUCAACUGUGGACAUAGAGGACUCACUCCAACUGCCAGAGAUGGUUGGGGAAUCCAAGUUGCUGUCGCAGGAACAACUCAUUGAGCUGUCCCAGAACAUGCCUGCUCGCACCAUCGGGUACACCUGGAAUCUCAUCUACAGCACGGAGCUGCACGGCUUCAGCCUGAAGACCCUGUACCGAGACAUGUGUCACGUGGACAGCCCCAUACUCCUGGUGGUCGCUGACACCAGCAACAAUGUUUUUGGAGCUGUGACAAAUUGUGCUUUUAAGCUGAGUGAUCAUUUUUAUGGCACCGGGGAGAGUUUUCUGUACACAUUCUAUCCUGAAUUUAAGGUGUUCCACUGGACUGGAGAGAACAACUUCUUUAUUAAAGGCAACAAGGAGAGUCUGGCUAUUGGAGCGGGACAGGGUCAGUUUGGAUUGUGGCUUGAUGGGGACCUCUACCAUGGCCGCUCACAUCGCUGUGAAACGUUCGAUAAUGAUGUACUCACAGACAAGGAGGACUUUGUACUGAAGGGGUUGGAGGCUUGGGCCUUUGUAUGAAG